AUGAUUCAGCAACUCGGAGCAAAUAGAAGCGAACUACCUGAGAAGCGGAGAAGAAGGAGGAAAGCAUUAACCCCAUUCACGUGCUUCCAGAGCGGUUCUUGUAGCUGCGGAGACAACUGCAAGUGUCAGAACUGCAAAUGCACCUUGUGUAAGAAGAGCUGCUGUGCCUGUUGCCCAGUCGGCUGCAGCAAGUGCGCCCAGGGCUGCGUGUGCAAAGGAGAAGGGGACAAGUGCAGCUGCUGUCAGUGAAGCUCGUCACCCGGGACCAGCCAACACGCCUUGCUUUGUAACGUGGACUUUUGUAUCAUUAUUCACUGGGGGGGGGGGGUUAUAAUCAAGAAUGUUAAUAAUUUCUCUUUUGUACUUUGUUCUGGAUGCAUUGAGCUGCAUCUGAUUAAAAUACUAUAGAAA